GCUGGGGAGUAUGCAAAAUGUCUGGCACUGUGUGGAAGCAGACUUUGUGUCCGCGUUGUGUGUAUGUUUACAGCGAUGGAUUAGAGACAUUCGAAACAGAUCACACGGACGUGGAGGGAUCCUGCGCUGCUGUUUGUAUUCCUGACCCAGCAGAUCAAAGGGGCGGGCGUAGACUUCUGUUGCUAUUUAAAGACGAAAAUUAUGUCCAGAAUUGCUUAGGAAGAAAGUGCAUUACCUACAAAGGGAGCGAGUUGAGGGUUGAACACUGCAAUAAUGCCUGUGAUAUUCCAGACGAAUGGGAAAAAUUUGUGGAAGCACCAUUCCAGACUCGUAUGCAGUAUCCGUCCACUGAAUCAGGACCUCAGCAGAAUGAAACAUACACCAACAUGCCCAGUAGACAAGAUGUUCACCAUUUAUCAAUGCCUGAUCCACAAAUGUAUCAGAAUCUAAGUGGUCAACAGAUGCCUUUCCCUCCAGGGCAACAAAUCCCAGUGAAUCCAGCCCAGUAUCCAUACAUGUAUCCAUAUCCAUAUCCUGGAUUUGUGUUUCCUCAGGAAGGAGCGACAGCACAAGAAAAACCAGUGGAGGGUGGGAAUUUUCAUUUUACUCCACAAAUGUGGUUGCAACAAAUGCAGAUGCUUCAGAUGUAUGAGAACAUGAAAGCAGGGGGUGCAGGUGCCCCUCCUCCCUAUUCCGUCACAGAGGAGGAAACUGAAUCAGGAGGAGGAAGUUUACCUAUCAACAGGUCACAGGGAAGUGUUUCAGAAACUCAAGUAACACCACAUUCUACAGAACAACAAUACAGAGAGAGAGAAGCAUCUACUGAGUAUGAUCCGGACCAAGAGGAUGAUGGAAACCCAGAAAAGGAAGAUAUCAAUACAGAGGUAGCUAUGAUUAAAGUUACAAGUAUUCCACCUGGUACAUCAGAGGAUUCUUUGCUGUUUUUCUUUGAGAAUCGCAGGAAAAGUGGUGGUGGUUCAAUAACUGACAUUGAGUAUGACCCAGAUACCCAGUCAGCUGUUAUUACUUUUGAAGAAUCUGCAGCUGUAAAGAGGGUGUUGGGCAAGAUGCCAAUAUUGUUUUCUGGAGUUCAAAUUGGAGUAGAAGAAUUUCGACCAAAUUUAGAAGUUGACAGUCCUGUUGAGGAACAAAUCGUGGAAUCUGAGAAUGUUCUAGAAGUUCGAGGAGUGUCAGAGAGAACAACCACGGACACAGUGGAAAUGUACUUUGAGAACACCCGUCGUUCUGGUGGAGGAGAUAUAAAAAACAUGGAAGAAAAGGAGGGGGUGUUUUAUAUAGUGUUUGAGGAUGAAAGUGUUAUUGAGAAUGUAUUGCGGAAGAGACAUAAAAUUGAUGGAACAGCAAUUCAGGUUUGCCGAUAUGUUCCACCCCCUCCUCCAAAGCCAGUACCAAUGUACCCAAACAAAGUCUUCAUUAAAAACAUCAGUGAAAAAACAACCAAGGAUGGACUGGAAAACUUUCUAGAGGCAAAGACCAGUAUAACACCCACAAGUAUCGAGUAUGGGGAGAUAGAAGGAGCAGCCUUGGUCACGUUUGAAGAAGAUUUAGAUUUUGAGAAAUUACAGCUGGCUUGUAAAAAGAGGAGUUUAGACAAGUCAUACCUGGAGGUAUCUCGAGUUCCCAUCACAAACUGUGUCAUUGUUCGGAACAUCUCAGAGAAGACAUCUCGAGACACCCUAGAGUUUUACUUUGAUAAUGAAAGAAGGAGUGGGGUGACAGGAGUUUUGGAUGUCAAACUAUUAGAUGGAUUUUGUCUGGUCUACUUUGAGGAGCCAGAGGCUGUGGAUGUGGUAUGUUCAAGACAACACAAAGUUGAUGGUCAGGAUCUUGAUGUUAAAAUUUACUAUGAAUGCCUUGGACAAGUAGAAAGUGAUGAGGAGGGGCCAUUCCAGCCUCCUAGACCUUUGGAACUUACAGACCUGGAUACCAAGAAGCUUCAGUUUCUUAUCAAAUCUCCUUCAAAUCAACAGGCUAUAGAAAAACAGUUGGAGGCUGUGUAUGGAAAGCCAGUUUGGCCAAAAAAGUCUAAAUCUGUUUCUCUGACUGUAGAGUGUACCUUGACUGCCGAAACCAAAGACUGCAAGAAACUAGCCAAAACCUGGGAGGCUAAAGUGAAGGAAAAUCUGAACAAAUUUCUGGGUCUUCUGCUCGUGACCAAACAUUCCACUUUACAGGAAGCGUUCCCUCUUGUGCUCAAUGAGUUGAAAUCCUUGACAAUCAGUAAUCCUGAUGCUGUUGCUGUUGUUCUGGAAAAAAGCAAUCAUGAAAUUUAUGUGACAGGUCACAUACAGGCAUCACAAGAGGUGUCCAAACAAGUCAGUGAUAUCAUCCAGAAGGUAGAACAAGAGUUGGAUAGGAAAAAACAGCAAGUUCAGGAGGAGAAAAAGAUAAAAAGAUUUCAAGUGCUGAUUCUGCAGUUUUGCAAGUUUGAGCAGAACCUUCAGAAGAAGUAUGAGGGCAUUUCUCUGAAAUAUGACAUGGGAAAGAACUGUGUGUACUUUGAAGGACUUAGUGGUGAUGUUACCCCAGCAAUAGUUGAUAUGUAUGAAUUUUUGGAUAAAGUUGUUAAGACUGAGGUUAAGCCAUUUUCCAGAUUUCUUAGAAGUUUUCUGGUAACUCAACCAGUGUGCAAGUAUGUGAAUAGCAAAAUGAAGGAAAAUGACUUGGUUGGAGUUUGGGAAUCAUCAGAUGGAGAUGAAACCUUAACAGUUUAUUCAUUGUCAGAUCAGCAGGCCGUCAAGGCUGCUCAUCUGCUGAAGGAAUCUGUGAUAGAGACCCCAGUUGAUGUGAAAGUUGAGUCAAGACCUUUGCUGUCACAAGAGGAAUGGCGGAGCAGGUCUACAGAGAUUGAAAAAGAAGGAGAGGGUUUGAUAAAAAUUGUAACACAGAUAGACCAGAACAAAAUUAUUAUUCUUUGCACUGAUAAGUGGGAAGGUGUCGGUCGAGAGUAUGUUGAAGAUUUUAUGAUGAAAAAUACUAUAUAUGAGGAAACAUUACAACUAGACUCUGGUAUGAUGAGAUACAUACAAAUGAAUUGUGCACAAGACAUUGAUAAAAUCGAUAAAGAUAUUCAAAUGGAGAAGGGGAAUGUAAAAAUAAGUAAUAUUGGUAUCAUAAUUAAAGGCACCAAAACAGGAUUAAAUAAAGCUAAAUAUGCUGUUGAUCAGAUUGUCCAAAGUGUUAAAAAACAUGUGCAUUCCAUUAAAAAGCCAGGAAUCCGGAAACACUUGCAGUCAUCACAAGGCCAAGACAAAAUUCGAUCGGUUGAAAAAAGCCAAGGUGUUGUGAUUGAUGUGAGUGAUGAAAGUGUGUCUGAUGAAGACACUGAUAGCACAGUUCUAAGAACUGGUGUACCAAGACAAGAACUAGCCGUCUGUGUGACACCACUAGGAAAGAAAAUCUCAGCCAUGGUGGUCGAUAUGUUGGAACUGGAAGUAGAUGUGAUCGUAAACCCAGCCAAUAAAGAUAUGAGGCACAUUGGAGGAGUGGCCAAAAUUAUAGUGGAAAAGGGUGGGAGGUCUAUCCAGGAAGAAUGUAAUGAUUAUGUUAGAAAGAAGGGUCGUCUCAUGGAGGGACAGGUCUUCUUUAGCUCUGCUGGAAAUCUUAAAUGUAAAGGAGUUGUCCAUGCUGUUGGUCCUGUCUGGCAGAACGGAACCAAUCAGGAGGAAGAAUACUUACGCGAGGCUGUGUUCAAAAGUUUGGAGGUUACGUCAGAGAACGGGUUCACUUCCAUUGCAUUUCCAGCUCUGUGCACAGGUGUGUUUGGGUAUCCUAUGCGAGAGGCCACUCGAGUGAUUGUUGUUGCAGUGAAAGAUUUCUUUUCGGGGAAUUCUGGAUCUCCAGUAGAGGCUGUAUAUUUGUGUGAUGUGAGUGCGGGCACUGUGGAAGGAUUUGUAAGGGCCAUGAAGAAAGAGCUGAAAGAUGUAAAAGUUAAAUCCUCUGAGAGUAGAUCCUCAGGGAGUAGCAGUAAAUGGAAGACAUCUUCUGGUCCUGUCCCUGCAGAGAGGAAGUCUUUUAAGCCCUCCCCUGUUGAAGCUGGUAAUAUCACCGUUCGUGUCAUCACUGGGCAAAUUGCUAAACAGAAGGUGGACGUGAUUGUGAACACAACCUCAAAGGAUCUGAAGUUAGGAAAUGGUGCUGUGUCUGCCUCCCUCCUAAAAGCAGCAGGAUCCAGUAUACAACAGGAAUGUGACCAGAAUUACCCCAGGGGCAUUCAACAUGGAGACAUAGCAGUGACAUCUGGUGGUAACCUUAGUUGUCAGUUCAUCUGUCACGGGUCAUUGCCUGGCUGGGAUCAACAAGGGCAGGCAUUGAAGAUUUUGAGGACAUUCUUGGAGAAAUGCUUGAACCAUGUAGAUAGCAACAGACUUUCAUCAGUGGCAUUUCCUGCCAUGGGAACUGGUAACCUAGGAUACCCCAGAGACACAGUUGCCAAGGAGAUGUUUGAUGCUGUCCAUAACUUUGGUUCUAACAACCCCUCCACGACAAUCUCUGAUGUUCGAUUUGUUUUAUAUGAUAAGGAUACAGAAACUGUCAAGGCUUUUGAGAAAGAAGAGAAGCGGCAGGGUGGAGGAAGUGGUCGCCAUGGACGACAGUUCAGCAGCAGCUCUCAGUAUCAGUCACCCUCAAAAUUCAGUGGUGGAGGGGGAUCAUCUGAAACAGGAAGAAAUGGAAACAAUUCUCCAAGUGAAUUAUCUGACUCGGAGGAGUUUGCCUUAGAUAUUGGAAAUCUUCAACUUAAAGUUUAUCAGGGAGAUAUCACUAAAGCCAAUGUAGAUGCCAUUGUCAAUAGUACAAACUCUGAGUUUGAUCUUUCAAGGGGCAUUGUGUCAAAACUUCUCUUGAAACUUGGAGGAGAUGACCUGAAAAAACAAAUUGCUAUGAACAAAAAAAGUUUGACGGAAAAUGGAAUAGCUGUAACAACAUCAGGGAUCAGAAGUGGUCUUUCUUGUAAUUUUAUCCUGCAUCUUGAUGCUGAAAGAACCAAAGAAUCAUGGGAGCAUAAAAUUUUAAAAACAAUUGAAACAGCAGAUGAAAUACAGGGAUGCAAGUCCAUUGCUUUUCCUACUUUGGGACAAGCUUUUGGAGUUAAGGCUGAAAAUCUUGCCAAAUACUUUUUUGAGGCCCUGAAAGAAGGACAAGAAAAAGCUACAAAUUUAAAAGAAGUUCAUAUUGUGAUUUUUGAGUCCAAACUUAUAAGAACAUUUCUGGAGUCCUUUAAAACUUGUUGUGAGAACUACAGACCUAAAGAAGGUGGAUUCUUAAAGAAAAUGACAAAGAUGUUUGGUUUUGGUAAACAAGAAAGUAACAUGUGGGAAGGUGCUCGCAAAACCCAGAGAAUGCCUUUAGAUAUGAGUUCUGUAACCUUGGUGAUUUAUGCAGAUUCCCAACAAAAAAUAGAUCAAGCAAUAGAUAUGGUUGAAAGAGGAGUUGACUCCUUUAUUACAAAGAGAAUUUUUGCUGAGUCAGUAGUGAAAGAAUUCACACCUCAACAGGAAUCAGAAAUCCAGCAGCUAAAGGAUAAAUUUGAUGUUGAUGUGACAGUUGAAAAACGUGUUGGAAGGAUUAUAUUGCAAGGUCUCACUUCGGAUAUCAUGGAAGCUUCUGAAAAAGUUCACAAAUUGCUUCGCCAGGCAGAUGCCGUGAGACAAGAGAAGCAGGCAGCAGAAAUGAUGGCAAGCAUGGUUGAGUGGUGCUUCAUUGAAAUUACAAGUGCUGGACAAAAGCUAGAGCCAUACCCUCCAGAGAUUAAUAUGCAGUUAGAGAAGGCCCUCAGGAAACAGGAAUCUGAAAUAUCCUUCAAAGAUGCACAAGGAGUUAAAUACAUAGUUGAUUUGGCAGCUUAUGAAGAAUAUCCUGAGAGUGAUCCAACAGAUAUUGUUAAAGUCAUUAGAAAGAACAAAAUUAGUGGGUCUAAUUUUGAGCAACCAGUCACAUGGACUGCAAUGGGAGACAAGGAGAAUGUGGCAGUUGUAACCCUGCAGCCAAGUAGUAAAGAAUACAAGGAUGUGGUACAGGACUUCCAGUCUCAAGCUGGUGCUCUAACUAUAAUAAAGGUGGAAAGGAUACAAAACAGAAUGUUGUUGCAGCAGUAUGAUGCAAAAUUGAAACUAAUGGAUAAACAAAAUCCUUCAGGAAAGAAUAAUGAGCGAGUGUUAUGGCAUGGGACUGCCAGUGAUUCAGUAGCCAGUAUCAAUACUUAUGGUUUUAACAGGAGUUAUUGUGGAAAGAAUGCAACUGCAUAUGGAAAUGGUGUAUACUUUGCUGUUAAUGCAAGUUAUUCAGCAAGUUCCACGUAUAGUCCACCUGACAUUAGUGGAAACAGACGAGUAUAUCGUUCUCGAGUAUUAACAGGAGAGUAUUGCCCGGGUAGGGGUGGGAUGAAGGUUCCCCCAAAUAAGCCUGGUGGUGGCCAUAUUCUGUAUGACUCUGUUGUAGAUAAUACUAGCAAUCCAGGCAUUUUUGUUAUCUUCAAUGAUACACAGGCUUAUCCAGAAUAUCUUAUAACAUUUCAGUGAUUUCACAAUGUGACUUUUUGUGCAUUAUACUGACCAGCCAUAAUCAGAGAAAUGAGUUGAUCAUGAGUGGACAUGGCAACUCAAGUGUAAUUUUGCCUUAAGUUUGUGAAUGUAUAUGACAUUAUUUUUUCUAUGAAAUCAUAUUUUUUAUUUAAAUAAGAUAUUUUAGAAUAAAAAUUUCUGUGAUUAAUGUCAUUUUACAUGAUAUCACACUUUGACAUUAUCAAUCAAAGAUUUUGAAAUGCAGCUAGGUCUUGACUAGGAUGACCUUUAAUUCAUUAAUGUGCUUAAAUCCAGUAUUGAUUUCUCUAAUUUAGUUACAACAUGCAUAAAUAAAACCUAAAUGAGGUAAAAUUAGGAAAUUUUGAAAAAAAAAUUAAUAAGAUUUCUGCAACCAGAUCCUGGUAGUUGUACAUGUCACUGUAACUGUUAAAUCUAAAUUAUGAAAAAGUUUCAGGAAGCUAUUUAGUACCACUUUUACAGUUAUCUACAAUUCAUCAAUACAUGUCAAAUACAUUAUUUGAAAGUGAUUUAUUAAGCGUUUUCAGCCAUCAUACGAGUGCAAGUAUGUGUUUUAUUUUAAAAUGUUUACGCAGUGAGUUACUAGUUUUAGUAUGUUUUUAAUGUGUCAGUCAUCAUACGAGUUGUAGUAUGAUUUUAAUUUUUUUUUUUUUUUUUUUUCAAAAUUUUCAUACACAAGAUCCAUUAAGUUUAAGUACCAUUAAGUCAUUUUCAUUUAGUUGAGUCUUGGAAAGAACAAUUACUGAUUUAUGAUAUAUUUUAGAUAGAUCUACAAUGUACAUACAUGUAUGAAGCACUAUUGAAGAAGAUCUGAACUAUCAAUUACUUGUUCAUUUUAUGAAUACUAGCUUGCAGAGACAUAGGAUUUAAAAUUCGGUUUAAAUGUCAAUGAUUUCUUCACUCUUUAUACUAACAAUAAUUUUUUAUGGCCGUAAGACCAUAAACUGAGAACUGCAUAAGUCAAAAUUUCAAAUUAGUUGAAAAAAAUUAUAUGAAAACAAAAUUUUCAUCACAUAUUUGUAGUUGAACUUGCAACUUUAUAAACUUGUUUGUAAAUUAGAAAUCUUUUUCUUUAAAAUUAAAUCUAAAUUUAGACUUGUUUGUUCUCAGUUAAUGGCCUUGGAGCUAGGAAAAAGAUCUUUUCAUGAAAUGAAUUUUUUUGUUUUUGCACAUUUAGUGGGUUAAACUUUCAUUCUGGGGCUAUGUAUUGCCUAUUGACGAGAGCAUUAAUUAUUGUUGGCAUUUGCUUUGAAAUAAACCUGAUGAAUAAAUAACAUGAAAACUUA